UUCUACACACAACGUGCAAUUUAAAAAGAAAAACAUAAAUAGUAAAUUAAACAUUAAAUUAGAAAUAAAUUUAUUAACGAAUACUAAAAAGACAAUAAAUUAAUUUAACGUAAAGAUGUCAUUUGCCGCACGUCUUUUAAGAUUAACAACACCAGCGGCCGGUUUACAACGUUAUGCAACCCGGCCUUUGGCACGCAGCAUCAAUAGCUUAACAUGGAAAAGAAAUUGGAAUUUGAAUGGCGUUAAUUAUGUGCGCCACUUAUCGGCCGAGGCAGGCAGCCAUAAUGUCACACAAACUGAAAAGCCCUUGGGUUCUCCCGACAAACAUGAAUUCCAAGCAGAAACUAGAAUGCUUUUAGACAUAGUAGCACGUUCUUUGUAUUCCGAAAAUGAAGUAUUCGUGCGAGAAUUAAUUUCAAAUGCCAGUGAUGCUUUGGAAAAAUUCCGCUACACCAUACACACAGCCGGCGAACAGGAAAAGGACUAUGAAGCCACUGAUCGUGCUUUGGAAAUACAAAUUGCCACCGAUAAACAGGGCAUGCAGUUGACCAUACAAGACACUGGUAUCGGUAUGACACGCGAAGAAUUGGUUAACAAUUUGGGUACCAUAGCACGCAGUGGUUCAAAGAAAUUCUUGGAACAAAUUAAAGAAAAGGGAGCGGCCGCCGAGAAUUCCUCAAAUAUUAUUGGUCAAUUUGGUGUGGGUUUCUAUUCGGCCUUUAUGGUGGCCGAUAAGGUAGAGGUAUUCACACGUUCCUCCAAAACCAAUUCACCCGGUCUUUGUUGGUCCACUGAUGGCUCUGGUAGUUAUGAGAUUCAAGAAGCUGAGGGUGUUGCUCAUGGCACCAAGAUUGUGAUACAUCUUAAGCCCGAGUGUCGUGAAUAUGCCGAUGAGGAUCGUAUUAAAUCGGUGAUUAAAAAGUACAGCAAUUUUGUGGGCUCUCCCAUUUAUUUGAAUGGUCAACGGGCCAAUGAUAUCCAACCAUUGUGGCUGAUGGAACCUAAGGAAGUUAGCCAAGAGCAACAUGAUGAAUUUUAUCGUUUCAUUGGCAAUACCUUUGAUACGCCACGUUUUGUGUUGCAUUAUAAGACUGAUGUACCCCUUAGCAUACGUGCUUUGCUUUACUUCCCCGAGGGCAAACCCGGUUUAUUCGAUAUGACACGCGAUGGUGAUGUGGGUGUGGCCUUGUAUACACGCAAAGUUUUGAUACAAUCGAAAACAGCCAAUCUAGUGCCCAAAUGGUUAAGAUUUGUUAAGGGAGUAGUCGAUUCAGAGGAUAUACCACUCAAUUUAAGCAGAGAGCUUUUGCAAAAUAGUGCUUUAAUCAGGAAAUUGUCUGAUGUGUUAACCAGCCGCAUUUUGCGCUUCCUAUUGGACAAAGCCAAUAAACAACCCGCUGAAUAUGAAGCCUUCUACAAAGACUAUGGCCUAUUCCUUAAAGAGGGCAUUGUUACAUCCCAAGAUCAGACAGAAAAGGAAAAUAUUGCCAAGUUGUUGCGUUUCGAGUCAUCCAAAACCCCAGAGGGCCAACGUAUCUCUUUGGAGGCCUACUGUGCUAAUGUGGGCGAACAGAAAGAUGUUUACUAUUUGGCAGCACCUAAUCGCGUUCUGGCCGAAUCGUCUCCCUACUAUGAGGGCCUAAAGAAACGCGAUGUUGAAGUGUUAUUCUGUUACGAUCCCUAUGAUGAAUUGGUUUUAAUGCAAUUGGGCAUGUUCAAAAGCAAAAACUUGGUGUCGGUGGAAAAGGAAAUGCGUCAGGGUACAGGCGGUGAUGAGGUCAACGACUAUGGCGAGGGCAGUUUGUUGAGAUCACAAGUCGAUGAACUAUUACCCUGGAUUCAAGGAAAACUAGCCGGUAAGGUAGCCAAUGUACGUGUGACCACCAAACUUGAUACACAUCCCUGUGUAGUGACGGUAGAGGAAAUGGCUGCCGCCAGACAUUUUAUACGCACACAAAGUCACCAGCUGCCCGAAGAAAAUCGUUAUGCUCUGCUGCAGCCUCAGUUGGAAAUUAACCCAAAACAUGAAAUUAUUAAAAAAUUAAACAACUUACGUGCCACUGAUGUUGAAUUGGCUGAUUUGCUGGUGCAGCAAUUGUUUGUCAAUGCCAUGGUGGGUGCUGGUUUGGCUGAAGAUCCUCGUACUCUAUUGACCAACAUGAAUGCUUUGUUGACCAAGGCUUUGGAAAAGUACUAAUAUAGAAAUGCUAGCUAUUCCAAAUGAUUCACUGUAUAUUUUAAGUUUGUUAAUAAAUUAAUAAUAAUAAUAAAACAAAAACAAUAUAAAAA